AUGGAAGAAGAUAAGGUCAAAGAUAACAAUAAAAUAAGUAUCGAUCAAUAUGGAAGAAAAACCUGGAAUGUUGAUGCGUAUGCUAAAGAAGCGAAAAACAAGUCAUCUAAAAAGGCCAUCUCAUCUGCUCCAAAUCUUAGUAGUUCAACCAUAAAUACAGAUAAGCCCUUAUCAUACCUAACCCAUAGAGAUAAGUUACUUAAAGAACUGUUAUCAGCUGUUAAUCAGCAUACUAUUAUAAAUCCAUUGAAUACGAGCUCUUAUGGAAAAAAUAAGAAAUUUGGCUUCUUCUGUCUGGUUUGUGACUUGUCUUUUCGGGAUAAUUUGGCAUUAAUAGACCAUAUAAAUUCGCCUCUGCAUGUUCAAAGGUCACAAUCAUUAGUAACGAAGCAUGAUGGAGAAGACACUGAAAUAUUAGACGGAAAUGUAAGGCGAGCUACGGUUGACGAAGUUAGACUUACCCUAGAGUCUUUGAUAGCAAAGCUGACACAAGACAAAAACUCCGGUAACAAUAAGACGAAUAUAAAGGAAAGGAUAUUCAGGCGACAGGAGUUUGAAAAGAAUCAGCAGGCUAAAAGAAGGGAGAGGAGACUCAAGACAAAACAGAACAAGAUAGCACGAAAAGAUAAAACCGACGAAGGUAAUAAUGACAUAUCAUCCAUGAUGGGCUUUGGAGGUUUUGGAUCCACGAAGAAAUAA